UCCUACGUUGGACGAAUCAACGGACCUCAGGAGAUAUCCCUCGGUGACGGAUGCGUUCAUAACGGCAUCAUUCAGCACGAGUUUAUUCACGCACUAAACUUCUGGCACGAGCAGAGCCGAAGUGACCGCGACGUCUACGUUAGGAUCAACCUCGAGAACGUCAUCGGCGGACGUCAGCACAACUUCAACAUGCAUGAAACAAACAACCUGGAAGUCCCGUACGAUUACUCCUCUGUCAUGCAUUACGGGCCGAAGGCCUUCUCCAAGAAUUCAGAAGACACCAUCACUCCCCUCAUGUCCUCGGUGGAAAUCGGCCAGAGGAUCGGCAUGUCUGAAAACGACAUUCUGAAGAUCAACAAGCUCUACGACUGCAAGGAUUACCUCCAUAAAUAUGGCGAGUUUGACAAUCUGUUGGGCGGCACGAUGAGGCGUCAGUGUCCCUCUGGACAAGCUGUUUCUGGAUUCAAAAGUGUCUACAACGGGAACAGGAGAGAUCGUCUUUGGUCGGUUUCAUGCAAAGCUCACCAGAUGAGACAAAGAUGCGUCUGGUCGGGUUGGGUGAACUGGUUCUGGGGAAACAUGGACUUCAGAUGUGGGAAAAACUUGGUGAUCGCAGGAGCCUACAGCGCGUACUACAGCUUCCUGUCCGACAGGAUAUGGAAGUUUUACUGCUGCAGCGUUCCUGGUUUCACCAUGUCCGACUGCCAAAAAACACCAGACGUCAACUACUUUGGGGAAUCCUUCAGCUGGACGACCGCCGGCGACAACUUCCUCUUAGGAGUGAAAAGCUCCUUCGACGUUCAAACACGCGACCGCCGCUGGAGUUUCUCGUACUGCCACAGAAACACUCAGUGAAGUCGACACGGCGGAGAGAAUCCCUGCUGACGUUUGUGCUGAUUUCUGCCUGAAGGCGUCUGAAGGUUGAUUUUGUGCCUCAUGGCCUGAAACGUUAUAA